AGGGGGUUGUCUUACACCCUCCCCCACGCCUACACCCCAGAGUCUUCAGUCUUUCAGGGCCCCCAAAACGCUGCGGGGCGGGGUGGUUGGGCCCCACCCCAGCGGGAGGCCCGCGACCAGCCGGGAGGGGCGCACGGCGCUCAGAGCGCCCAGGGCCGGGCCUCUGACCCGCGCAGGCGCAGAAGCGCGCUCCCAACUCCGGUUUCAUGGAUUCCCAGUCCAGCUGCGUGGUGGUGACUGGUUUCGGGCCCUUCCGGCAGCAUCUGGUGAAUUCCAGCUGGGAAGCAGUAAAGGAACUCUCCAAGCUGGGUCUGGGGAGUGACAUGGAGGUGGAGCUGCAGAUUCUUCAACUGCCAGUGGAUUACAGAGAGCUCGUUGUGCAUGUGGGCAUGGACCCCACCGCCAAGGCCAUCUUUCUGGAACAGUGCGGCAAGAACUGGGGCUACGGGGACGCCGACAUCCGGGGCUUCCACCCUGAGUGCGGCGUGUGCCUUCCGGAUGGCCCAGAAGUGAUCGCUUCGGGAGUCAGCAUGAGGGCAGUCAGCAGGAGCGCGGUGGUCGAGGGCGUGGAGGUGGCCUUUUCCCGAGACGCAGGCAGGUAUGUCUGCGAUUACACCUACUACCUGUCUUUGCAUCAUGGAAAUGGGUGCGCGGCGCUCGUCCAUGUCCCUCCAUUAUCUCCUUCGCUUCCGGCUAGCCUGCUGGGAAAAGCCCUGCAAGUUAUCAUCCAGCAAAUGCUGGAGGAGACUGAGAAAACCAGGUCUCAAUGCCUGGUUCACAGGAAACUCAGCCUUUGCGAUUCCAGACGAGGGGAACCAACUGGGGGACUGCUCCUUUAGAGAAAAUUAAAUGUUUCAUUCCUGUAUGUAGAGUUCAGCUGUGCUUUGAGAGGCUUUUAAAAAUUUGCUUGUAAAACAGUUUACACAGAGGAAAAAAGUUCUGAAUUAGCCCAAUGAAAUCACAAAGGGUUAUUUUAUUGUCAGAAGAAAGAACACUCUGAAAGGCAGACAUUUCACAAGGGCUUAACUAGCUUCAGUUAUGGUUUUCCGGACAAUAAAAUGAAAUGCUAGUAAUUUUUUU